CCUCAGUCUCCAGUACAGUCAGAGGAGCAGUCCGAUAGCAUGCAAUAUGGGAGACGUGGUGGAAAGCAGCUCUGACCAGUCCAACAAUCCUCUGGCCGACAAAUGUCCUCAGGACGUCGGUGCACUGAUCGAGAGCUCAUGUGACGGGAGAAUGAAGUUUGAUGACAGCGGGCUGUCUUCCAUUCUCCAGAGUGGUUUGGACAGCCUGCGGCUCGAGAAGUCCCUGACAGAUGUUGUGCUGUGUGUGGAUGGCAGUGAGUUCUUUUGUCACAGGGUGGUACUGGCAGCUGCCAGCAGCUACUUCAGGGCAAUGUUUUGCAAUGACCUCAAGGAGAAGCAUGAAGAGAAGAUAACAAUUAAAGGAGUGGAUGCAGAUAUCAUGCAAAUUCUAUUGGAUUAUACCUACACCAGCAAAGUCUACAUCACUAAACAGAACGUACAGAGAAUCUUGGAAGCUGCUAGCCUCUUUCAGUUCCUGCGCAUGGUUGAUGCUUGUGCCAAUUUCCUGACCGAAGCCCUCCAUCCGGAUAACUGUGUGGGCAUCCUCAGACUGGCGGACGCUCACUCCCUGGAGUCGCUCAAGAAGCGGGUCGAGAUCUACAUCAUCCAGAACUUCCCCCAGGUGCUGACCCAUGAGGAGUUCCUGGAAUUACCAGUGGAUAUCUUGUCAGAUAUUAUUCAAAGCGAUGAACUUUAUGUCACAGAGGAGGAGCAGGUGUUUGAGACAGUGAUGCGCUGGGUGCAUUUCCGAGAGUCUGAGAGGCAGCAGCAGCUCUCCCAGGUCUUAAAGCACAUUCGCUUCCCACUCCUGGACCCUUGGUACUUUGUUGAAAGUGUGGAGAGCAAUGAAUUCAUUCGGGAAAAUCCAGAUGUGUUCCAUCUCUUACAAGAAGCACGGAUGUACCAUCUUUCAGGCAAUGAGAUCAUUUCAGAAAGGACAAAACCCAGGAUACAGGAGUUCCAGUCCGAGGUCUUCAUGAUAAUCGGCGGCUGUACCAAGGAUGAGAAAUUUGUGUCGGAGGUGACCUGCCUGGACCCGCUCCGGCGUAGCCGCCUGGAGGUGGCAAAGUUGCCGAUCACAGAGCAGGAAAUGGAGAGCGAGAACAGGAAAUGGGUGGAAUUUGCUUGCAUCACUUUUCGUAACGAGGUUUACAUUUCGGGCGGUAAAGAAACGCAGCAUGAAGUGUGGAAAUACAACGCCUCUCUAAACAAAUGGAUACAAGUUGAAUACUUGAACACUGGACGAUGGCGCCACAAGAUGGCAGUCCUGAGUGGCAAGGUGUAUGCCAUCGGAGGUUUUGAUGGAAUCACACGCCUCAACAGCGUAGAAGCAUAUGAUCCCUUUCACAACUGCUGGUCUGAGGUAGCUCCCCUCCUCCUGAAUGUGAGUUCAUUUGCUGCAACCAGUUACAACAGGAAGUUAUAUGUCAUUGGAGGAGGGCCCAAUGGAAAGCUGGCAACAGACCGAACCCAAUGCUAUGACCCUUCAGCCAAUAAAUGGAACCUGAAGUCACCCAUGCCAAUCGAGGCCAAGUGCAUCAAUGCUGUCACAUUCAUUGACCACAUUUAUAUCGUAGGUGGUGCAAUGAAAGCUCUUUACUGCUACAGCCCUAAAGAGGACUUCUGGACACUUGUCACACAAUUUGGUCAUGAACGAGCCAGCUGUGGAAUUGCUGCAUGUAACAACAAACUGUUUAUCACAGGGGGUCGUGAUGAAAAGAACGAAGUUAUUGCCACAGUGUUGUGCUGGGACACGGAGCAGCAGAAACUGACUGAGGAAUGUGUCCUGCCUCGGGGAGUCUCACACCAUGGCAGUGUUACCAUAAGGAAAUCCUACACCCACAUUAGACGCAUCGUACCUGGAGCUGUCUCUGUUUGACAGUUAAGAUCAUUAACAUUUCACGCACUUACUUAGAGGCUUUCCUUUGAAGGGGCUUCAUCAUUUGAAUGUUCUAACACCACAGCCAGCCGAUAUGUUCAGAAACAUUUUGAUAUCAUGACGAUAUUGUAUCCCGUGAACUGGCUGCAAACCCUGAGGCUUAGUUGGAAAAAAAACAUUCAUUCGCCCUCUGAGUAUUUGGAAACUAGAAUAUUGUGCAAAAUUGAGGAUAGAUAUUGGGAAACUGUGAAAUAAUAAUUCUUGCAUUUGAUAUUUUGCCUUUAAUGUCUCAAUGGGCUUAACUGGUAAUUAUUUUAAAGUGUAGUGACUAUAUAUUUUUGGGCAGAUGCAGCAGCCGAUUGGCACACGGUAAUCUCCUACAAAAAGCCAUGAAGUGAAUGACCAUUUUAUCUGGAAGACUGUUGGCUACUGGGAGAAACUCUCUUCUCUUUUCAAAUAGUUCCAUGGGAU